GAAGAAGACACCAGUAGUGUGACACGACACCAUUUUACCACAAUGACUGGAGGACUGAUUGCUCUGAUUCUUCUUAAUUCAAUGUGUAAGUGCAAUUUAUUUUUCUUGUUGUGACACAUUAAAUAAGCCUAAAUAUUAUGUUUUUAUUUGCAGAUUCAUAUUUUGUUAGCAUUUUUUUUAUAACAGUUACUGUCUCUUCUGCAGGCCUUAUUCAGUCUGCAGAGCUUCCUCAUCUGAUAUCUUUGACUGAAGUUGAACUUGGUGGAAAUGUUACUUUAAACUGUUCAAUCCCAGAUUAUCUAGAAAACCGAUUCAUUCACUGGUAUAAGCAUUCUCUUGGAAGAAAUGUCCUAACAGUUGCUUCAGCACAUUAUGACAAGAUUGAUCUAACUGAGCCUUCUAAAAACCAGCGUUUCCUUGUCCAGAAAGAAAAUGAUAAAUGGCUCCUAACUAUCAGUUCUGUUAACAAAGAGGAUGAAGCUUUAUACUUCUGCCAAAGUGGAAAACAGUUUUUACAAACUUUCAAUUGUGGAUUCUUCUUGGCUGUAAAAGAUUCUAGUCAGCAGACAUCUGUGUAUGUGGAACAAACCCCUGAGACAGCAGUGGUCCGGCUGGGAGACCCUGUGACUCUCCAGUGUUCACUUCUCUCCAAGAACAAAGAAAACACAGUCCGGUGUCCAGGAGAAGACAGUGUGCACUGGUUCCGAGCUGGAUCAGGAAAAUCUCUUCCUGGUAUCGUUUACACUCAUAGGAACAGCGUUGAUGGAGACCUGAGGAAAAGUUGUGUGUACCGUCUCUCCAGAACUCUACACAACUCCACUGAUGUCGGGACCUACUUCUGUGCUGUGGUCACUUGUGGAGAAAUACUGUUUGGUAGUGGAACAAAACUGGACGAACGAGCAGAACUGGACCCACUUGUUCUUGUGCUUGGAGGACUGCUGGUUUGCUGUGUGACUGUUGUUAUCUUCCUUCUCUUCUACAUCCGUCGAAGGACAGUUUGUGAACAAUGCAAAGAAUCAAAAGCCAGUCAUUGUCCAGGACAGGAUACACCAACUGCCGGUCAAUUAACUGAUUUGGAAAGCGAAGUACACGCAGUGAACUAUGCAGCAGUGGAUUUUUCAAGAAGAAAUGUGAAACAUGGGAAGAAGAGGAGUGUUAAUAGCAACUAUCUGUAUGAAGCUGUCAGAGCAGAUUCCCAAAGCCAUCAGCAGUUCUCCUUAUAGGUAGAUCAGGCCGGUGUAUCAGCCCUCAAACCUUUUCAGAGCUGUUCAGCUUAUUUGAUGAGUGUUCACAUAGCAAAUGAGACACUGAGGUAAAACUGUUCAGGUACCAGGUUUUCAAACGUUAUUAUAAAUUUAUACACAUAAACUGAUAAAGGUCAAUGUGUCCGUGGCAAUUUGUGUUUUACCAAAUAAAAAGUUGUUCUG